GUCGCACUAUUGCGCAGACUCAGUAGGAGCGAAGAGGAGGCAUUUUGAGCCGCGGCGCAGAGAGACAGAUCCCCCGCUGACCCCAUGGCUGAGAAUAAUCCCGAGCUGGAAGUCGAGGUGAAACCGGGAGACUCUCCGGACGCGUCUCCGAUCGAGGAGGAGGAAGAGCCCGGGUCACCUGAGGAAAACUCCAACGGCGUCAAAACCGAUGGAGAGGAGAGCCAGAAGGACAACCCCGAGGGCAAGGAGAAAUCGUCCCGCGACCGGAAGUCCAGUCGUUAUCACCCAUAUAAGGAGAGACACGGCGGGUCUGGGGACAAGAAAUCGUCUCAGCGCAACCGCGUCUUCAUUAGCAACAUUCCUUAUGACAUGAAGUGGCAGGCAAUUAAAGAUCUAAUGAGAGAGAAAGUUGGUGAGGUUACAUACGUGGAGCUGUUUAAGGAUGCUGAAGGAAAGUCAAGGGGUUGUGGGGUGGUUGAGUUCAAAGACGAGGAGUUUGUGAAGAAAGCGAUCGAGGUGAUGAACAAACACGACCUCAAUGGACGACCCCUGAACAUUAAAGAGGACCCAGAUGGAGAGCAUGCACGGCGUGUGUUACAGCGAGGGGGUGGAGGUGUAGGUGGAGGGGGUUACCCCGGGGGCAGGGGGCACGACAGCUGGUCAGGACAGGCCAGCCUGCCCCCCUCCAUCUCUAACAACCCCAACAUCCCCCCCGACAUAAUCAGCGCCCUGCAGCAAGGCCGGCUCGGCUCCACCGUGUUCGUCGCUAACUUGGACUUUAAGGUGGGCUGGAAGAAGCUGAAGGAGGUGUUCAGUAUGGCCGGAGUGGUGAAGAGAGCAGAUGUGAAGGAGGAUAAAGACGGGAAGAGCAGAGGGAUGGGAACAGUCACCUUCGAACAGUCACUGGAGGCCGUACAGGCCAUCUCCAUGUUUAACGGUCAGAUGCUGUUCGACAGACAGAUGCAUGUCAAAAUGGAUGAUAAGUCUUUGCCCCCUGAUGAUUUUCGCUCGGGUGAUAAAGCCCCUCAGUUGCCACGGGGACUGGGCGGAAUUGGGAUGGGUCUGGGUCCUGGUGGACAGCCCAUCAACACUAACCGUCUGAGUGGAGGAGGAAUGGGUUCGAUGGGUCCUGGAGGGAUGGAUGGAGGAGGAGGGUUUGGAGGAAUGAACAGAAUGGGAGGAAUGGGUGGAGGAUUUGGAGGGAUGGAUGGAGUUGUAAUGGGGGGAUUUGGAGGGAGAGACAUGACACCCAUGAGCAGAAUGGGAGAUAUGUACAGGUCUGGUAUGGGGAUGAUGGAUCGUGAUUUUGGGCGCAGUGACAUGGGCAUGAACAGAUCCUUCGGUGAUACAUUUGGUGGACUAGGUGGAGGUAUAGGAGGAUAUGGAGGAGGAAUGGGGAGCUCUGGCAUGGGCCCGAUGGGGACAGGAUUAGGAGGAAUGGGUAACAUGGGAAUGGACAGAAUGAGUGGAUUUGACAGGAUGGGCGGGAAUAUGGAAAUGAGCCGCAGCUUCAGCCAAUUCGGAGGCAGCCCUGGUCACAUGGGCAGUGACAGAGGGGCGGGGUCAAAGGGAGGAUGCCAGAUUUUCGUGAGAAAUCUGUCCUAUGACCUCACGUGGCAGAAGCUGAAGGAAAAGUUCAGCCAUUGUGGUCAGGUGAUGUAUGCGGAGAUAAAGAUGGAGAACGGGAAGUCUAAGGGCUGUGGCACGGUGCGGUUCGACUCCCCGGAGAGCGCUGAGCAGGCCUGCAGAAUGAUGAACGGAACCAAAAUAAACGGCCGAGAGGUGGAUGUGCGCAUCGACCGUAACGCCUGAACACACACACACACGCGCACACACACAUCUUGCAACAUCCCAUUGUCCACAUUCAUUCCCUUUAAGAGCUUUUGUUUUGUUUUAGAAACACUUUUCUGAACAUUUGAACUCUCUUUCUGUUUCUCACACACACACACACACACACACACACACUACAGAUAAGAUCAAACCCAGUUGGUUAGAAUGUGUAUAAUGUUUGUUUAUACAUCAUGACUACUUUUUAUUUGACUUUUUUGUAAACUUCUUAAUUUGUUCCUCUGCGGUUUGUUUGAACGAUGAACUGAAAUAAACUUUUUAAUUUUUA